AUGUACGCCGACGAUAUUCCUCUUCCUCCUACGCAUCCACUUUCUCGGUCUGAAAUCAACACCCAUCAAGGAAGUCAACUGGGUAACAGCACAAGACUCCCCUUUGGUUCUUCCGCGCAGCGUGCUGCGCCACCGACCCCACUUCGCAUAUCAGUGUCUCAACGUAGGGUUCCUCCGUCCCUUUACAUCCUUCCACCAAUACACCCUCCGCCACCGAUAUACUCGAGCUUUGCAACUCUGCCGCAAUACUCAGAGACAUACAUCGAACCCCCGCCGCUCGUUAUCCCUGUCGCCCAGCCGGGGGAGGUGCCGUCAACUUUCCGUGGCCGUCUACAAGAUGCCCUUCGUGGCAGAAUCCAGGAGAUCAUUGCUAGGUGGAGGAACGCUGCCUUCCCAGAACAACCCACCGAUGGGCUGCGCCACGGGCGCUUUGAGAUGCUCAAGGCGACAGCGAUGGGGAGGUGGUUUACUAUGUCCGCCGCUCUGCUCAUAGCUGUCUGCCUUGUGGUCUUGGUCCUGCGACGAUUUCAAGCGAAAAAAGACUCUUAA